AUGAUACUGGAGCUGAGCCAGAGCUCGAAGCGGGUCAAGCGCCUUUGGGCAAAGUCACAGGUGAGGCGAGAGCCGCAGCACGAGCGAGAGAAGCUAAUACGUCUAUGUGUAGCCAAAGCGUCUGACUAUUUCACGCUGAUGGCCAGUGGUUUCGCGCUUGUUUCCGACGGUUAUCAGAACAACUUGCCUACCAUUUUCAACCCUAUCUUCACUAAGCUCUACGGGAAGGAGAUCUACAAUUCCAUCGUCUCCACUCGAGUCAGUAACGCUCUCUUGAUCGGAGAAAUCAUCGGUCAACUCGUUGUUGGUCUGAUAUGCGAUCGUGUCGGUCGUAAGACCGCCAUGGUCGGCACGACCCUAAUGAUUGUCAUUGGAGGUAUCCUAGCUACUGCAGCUUCCGGAUCAACUCCUGCCGGCAUGUUUUGGAUGUUAACCGUAGCUAGAGGCACCGUGGGCGUCGGCGUGGGCGGAGAGUACCCUGCAUGCUCCACGUCUGCUUCAGAAGCUGCCAACGAGAAGUUUGGAAGAGAUCGUGGCAAGGUGUUCAUCCUCCUCACCAACCUCAUGUUGUCUAUUGGAGGACCUAUCGUCAUCUCUCUCUUCUUGCUCAUCAUCAAUGGAGCUCACUACAAGGGCACGAACGAUGCUUCCGACACUCACAAGCUCCAAUACACAUGGCGAAUCUUGAUGGGCAUUGGUAUUAUCAUUCCACUCAGUGUCUUCUACUUCCGACUGAAGAUGAUGAAUUCGAAGCUCUACAGACGUAAUGCUCUGAAGAAGAGCACCCCCGUUGCAAUCUACGGCUUGGUCCUUAAGCGUUACUGGAAGACUUUGAUCGGAACUGCUGGAACCUGGUUCUUGUACGACUUUGUUACCUUCCCCAACGGAAUCUUCUCCUCCACCAUCAUUGCCGAAGUCAUUCCUGGCGCCGGACUUGUCAGGACUCUCGAAUGGAACUUGUUGUUCUCCAUCUUGUCCCUGCCUGGAGUCUUCAUCGGUGCCUUCAUUGUCAAGUACACCGGUCGACGAAACCUCCUCAUCAUGGGUUUCUCUGGAUACCUCAUUUUCGGUCUAAUUGUCGGACUGGCUUUCGACAAGAUCAUCAAGAUUCACGUCCUCUUCAUCAUUCUUUACGCUUUCAUGCAGUCUAGCGGAAACCUUGGACCAGGAAAUAUGGAGGGAACCAUUUCUUCCGAAUCCUACCCCACCAGCAUUCGAGGAACGUGUUACGGAAUCAGUGCUGCCCUUGGAAAGACCGGAGCCGCCAUCGGUACUCAAACUUUCAGACCGAUCCAAGCCUCCCUCGGAAAGAAAUACACCUUCAUCAUUGCUGCGUGCUGCGGAGUUGUCGGUGUCCUGCUCGCGUUCUUCUUCGUUGAGGACAAGGGCAAGGAUAGGUUAGAGAAAGAGGACGAGGCGUGGAGACAAUACCUCGUGGAGCAUGGUUACGGAGACUUGCACAUGGGUGAUGGAAGUGCUGCUGAUAGGUCCGCUGCAGACAACAGGGAGCAGGAGAAGCUGGAGUUCUAG